ACAAGAAAAAGAAGAAGAAGAAGCAAAAAAAAGAGGAAUACUAAUAGAAGAAGAAGCAAAAGAAAAAGAAAAGGAAGCAGAAAAAGCAGAAGAGAACCAAAAGAAGAAGAAGAAGAAGCAAAAGAAAAAGAAACAGAAGAAAUAGAAGAAGAAGCAAAACAAGAAGAAGAAAAGGAAGAAGAAAGGCCAGAAAAAAAAGCGAACGAGUCAUAUCCCACAGAAGGAACGAGAAAAGAGGGCUGUUGUGAGGUUCGGCGCAAUGAUCUCACCGACAUUAUUCAGAACAAACCCAGAGGAAAAUACAGAAUGUAUGGAUUUUUUGGAAGGUCUCUUGAAAUCAAAGUUGUCCGUAAAGUAAAAUGCUAUAUAAUUUUCACCAGGCAUAUUGUUCAAGAUAGACAAUUAUCUUCAUGA